AUUCGCGUCCAUCUUUACUUCGAUGUGUUUCAUUAUUGUUGUUUUACGUAAAUUAUUACAAAAAUAUUAUUAUUCUUCCAUAUCAUCAGAUAUCCAACAAAGAUUUUUUCACUAAAAUUUUAGCAAGACCUCAUUCUAGCAAAUAUUAACUUGUUUGCAGAUGAAGUGUGGGAAUGGAUAGAUUGAACCAGUUGCGCGGCGGCGGCGCAGGCGGCUCGCGGGACUCGUCGCUGGACGGCUCCGGGGCCGGCGACUCCUUCCUCACGGCCAACGACACGCCCUCCAAGUACUACUCUCUCUCAGAAGACGACUCCUUUGACAACGACAUCACCAAAGACGUGUCACUGGCGACGACCAGCGCGGAUUCCACUCUCAACGCUUCCGACUGCUUCCCCAAUCUGUCUCCAAUUGGAAAAAUAGACUAUAAGAUUGGUAAACAAAUUGAGGCGGCUAACAUUUUGUCCGGUGGAGUCAACAUAUUUGAUGAUAAUGAUAACUCGUAUGAUGGCAAUGAACUUGUGAUAGAUGACAAUGUUGAAAUUGAUAAACCUCCCAACUUGAAGUCUCCUGCAAGUUCUGGUUUGCUGGUUGAUGAUGUUGAGAAAGCUUCUACUUCCAAGGUGGAAAGUUCUAGUACAUCAAAAAGUGAUGAUGGAUCUGAAAGUAAUCAGAAUUUAAAGCUACUAGAAAGUUCCAGUCUUCCUUUGCAAGGGAACAAUGAAUUAAGUAAGCAAACAAGUUUAAAGCUACCAACUGAAAUGUCCGUAGACAAGGUUGACGGGCAACCAGUAGAGAUUGUCCAACAGGUGGCAGACGAGCCUCCAGUCAACGUACCAUUAAACCAAGGUAAUCUGUUAGACCAUGCCCUUCUUGAAGACGUAGAGGCAAAUAUUCCAAUUAAUGGCGAAGAACAAGUAGAAAUUGCCCAUCUUCCUUUAGACAAUGAUGCAGAACAGAUUGCCAAUCUUGACAAUGAAGCGGAGAUAGCAGAAGCCAAUCUACCUAACGAUAACGGAGAGGCGAAUCUCCCAAAUGAUAACAGUGAAGAAAAUAUACCAGAUAAUAAUGCAGAAGAAGACAGGACGGAGGUUGUUCUGCAAAUUGACGGGAACAAUGUGGCGGCUAUAAGCAUCGGGACCGGGCUGUAUUUGUACCGGAAGGAGGGUCAGGACGAGCUGGCUGCAGUUCAGAUAGUCAAGGAGCCGCAGGAGGAGGAGCCUAGCUUCAAGUUUCUUAAAGUCCGAGAAAACGCCGAAGGCAAUUUAGAAGUUUACGAAGAAAUACAAGAAGUAGUCGUAGUGCCCCAAGAGACGCCUAUUAGAGAACGACCAGCACCAGCUGCCCCAAGCACGUCAAAAGACGACAACAAGCCGGUUGUUUGUCAACCAAGCACAAGCAAAGAAGCUGAAAAGAAGGAUACAACACCAGACAAGGAUGCUCCCGUUGCGUCCACAUCUAAACAAGACACGGAACCUAAAGAACCCCAAGCUGACAGAACAGAACGAAACGUAAACGGGAAAAUGGUCAAAUUCAGUGAGUCAAGGAAGUCACCCCUUAUGGUCCAUUCCACUCCUAACAAGGAAGGAAUUCCACUAACUAAAACGAUGGUAGACCAGCAACUACAUCCUAAUAGACAUUCAGACAACAUCAAGAAGACUAUAGAAGUCCACACAGACAAUUGCAAACAAAAAAAUUUGGAAUCACCCUCAACAUCCAAAAAUAAGGAUGUUGCUAGUCCUGAUAAAACAAUUGACGAAACACCAGCUGACAAACCCGGAGAUAAGGACAGUCCUGGCAAAAAGCAGGACAGUGUAGUGACAAAGGAAGUAGUGUCUGAUGUAAUUGAGAAGAAAACAGAUGAAAUCCCUUGCAGUUCUAAUGCCAAAACUAGUGAUAAAGUAGAGGUAGCGAAACUGAAUGAAGAUGAAGCGAAAGUUGUGAUGCUAGGAAAACUAAUGGAAUCAGUUAAAGUACCAAUAGCUAAGGAGAAGGAAAAAAUGAAAAAAGAUGAACCAGAAGACAUUUCUAAGAAACCAAAUGCUGCUCCAAGUACAAGUAGGGUUGAAAUUCCAACGACAAGUGUUAGUAAGGGCAAUAAAACCGAAGAAAAGCAACCUUUAACACCCAAGCAACCAUUACCAACUACACAUACAGAUGCAAAAGAAAAAGAAAUAUCUAGCGUACCUAUGGAAAUUGAUAAUGCAAUAGAUAAAACAUCCAUAAAUGAUAAACCUGAAGUUAAACCACUGUCACCUACAGUAAUCAUUGAAUCAGAUGACAUGGAGGUCGAUGAAGAUGUAUUAGUCAUUGAAGAGCAGAUUCUUGAAAGCCAACCUGAAAAAUGUGAAUCACAGAAACGAGAAGUAGAAAAGGUAGCGCCGGCCGUUGAAAUAAAAUCAACAAUUAUUGGUAAUCAAAUGAAGAAAGUUUUGGAAACAGGAGAAAUUAAACCUACAACUUCCAUCACAAACAAAGCAUGUGUUGCUGAAACUCUUCAGACGGGCAACUCAAGCUCGAUAAAAGCUACUGCCAUAAAUAUCACGUCAGAUCAUAAUAUCGACAAGUUUAAACCUGAUAAAAUAGAUACAACAAUAGCAACAUCCGUGAAAGAUCUUAAGACUAACACCAUAAAAACUGAUAAGACUACAACAGAAAAUAAGCCUGGAACUGAAAUAAAAACAAAUAGUUUUAGUCAUAUCGAAGUUAAAGGCACUAACCCUAAAGAUACUCAAUUAAACCAUAAUAUUAAAAUAAUACAAAACGAAUUAAUAAAAGGAACUACGCUUCCUAGAGACCAAAUAAAUCAAAAUGUAGAAAAAACGUCGAAUGUGAAGGAAUCAGUUGAAAUGAAACCUAUUGAUAAGAAUUUUACUGAAACGAAAUCAGCUGCACUAGAUCCUUCGAUCUCAACAGCAAAAGUAAAUCAUUUGAUCGUGAAUAACAUACAUAAUAAACCAGAGAAUUUAUUUUCUAAAUUGGAAUCAACAGGCAAGAAAUUAGAGAAGAAAGAAGCAUUACCAAUCGCAAAUACUAAAGAUGUAAAGACCACGCCAUUAUUACCUAGUAAAGAGCAAUCGGAAAGCAGGUUACCAAUCCAAAAUACUCAAAGUUUAAUCAAACCACAAAUAAAGUCAGAUAUCAAACCCCCAAUUAUAAAUAUUGCUGAAGCCAAAAGGGAAAUUAACCAUAAAUUAACAAAUGCAGUUGACUCAAAACCAAAGUCCAUUAAUAAUAAUCAUGCGCCAGUUCCCUUCGGCAAGUGGACUGAAGCUAAUCGCCAAGACUUUUUAAAUAAAAUCAAAGAAUCGAAGCCAGUCAACAUAUCUAAUGCAAACCAGAUUAAGCAGCCCAAUGAUUUAAAUAGAAGAGAUGUCCUAAAGAAGAUCGAUAGUCAAAGGCAAACCUAUAAUGCGAAUAUGAAAAUUAAAGAGUCACUAAAUAAAGGAAAUGUGAAAGCUGAAGCGUUUGCGAGCAAAACGGCCCCUGCUACUUCAACUAAGAUCGAACCUAAAGUUUCUGUGAAACCUGAGGCUCCUGUUGUAAAACCUAAACCAAUUAUUGAAAAGAAACCUGAGCAAGAACCACAAAAGAUUCAGUCAGAGCCCGUAGUCGCAGCUGCUGCAUCUAGUACUACUAAAAAGGAACAGAGAAAGGAAAUCAAUAAUCAGCACCUAAUUGAUAAAACAAUUGAAGGUAUUAUCAAUAGGGCGGUAACUGGAAAAAGCCCAGAACCUAUUAUGCCGACUGUUACAGAAAAACCUAUAAUUGAGAAAGUUGAUAAAAAGCCUGAACCAAAAACUAACAGUCAGCCUACUCUCUUGGAUGCUAUUGAAAUGAAGAUGAACGAAUUACACGGAAUACCCUUCGUGGAGAGGCCGCCACACGAAUUGCCGCGGCCAUACACAGAGUCUAAAGUUUUAUCCAAAACUGAACCCCAGAGUAUACCGCCGAAGGUUAGCAAGAUUCCCAAUCUGCUACCUCUGCCUAAAUCUCAGCAGAAACUGAGCGAGGGGGACGUUAUAAAUCUAGAAAUUAAAGAAAAGUCCUCGAUUUCGUCUAAAGGCUCGUCUAAAACGGCAGAGAAGUCGGUCGCGAUACCGACCCACGAGGCUAACACGAGUAAAGACAAAAUAAUAACCGAAAAGGAAUUCGACAAGUUUGCGAGACGCAAUUCGGUCACCUAUGAAGAUCGUUUAACCAUCACAGAGUCUCACCAAGUCAUCCAAACGGUUGUGCCAAGGGAGGUGCCACCAAAGAAGAUUUCUCGAAACGAACAAAUGCUUGCUGAAGCCAAAGCUAAGUCACCACACAAGCACCUACCGGUUAAGCAGUAUCAUCCGAGCAAAGCUGCGAGCAAGUAUAUUCCUGUGGAAACUAAUAAGCAGUACCAAUCGAAGCUUCAACUGGCGUAUCAGACAGCGAUAUCGGUGAGCGCCAAACGCCGUAUUGAAAGCCCGAUCACUAUCAUAGAAGACAAGCCUGUCAAAGUUGUAUACUUAGAUUCAAACGUUUCGGAAUUUAAUAGUACUCAAUUGAACGUCCAAGGCCGGGACUUAUCACCGGCCAAGCGGGCGCCAGAGCCUGACGCAGUCACCGUCGGAACUGGAGAUUCUCUCGACUCAGACAUGCUUGAUGCUAUAGACGAAAGGCAGGAGGAAGUCAAAACCAAGAGCAAACAUCAACGCAAACAGGUGCUCACCCCUGUAGAAACCCCCGACUUAGAGUUGAUCGAGCCUAGUGACCUGGGUAUAGACGUCUCGCCUAAAAAGAAGCGGAAAACUGAGGAUAAGCCAGAGAGGAAGCAGAAUGUCGUUCCGAAGAAAUCGUACUUGCUCGGGAGGAGCGUCGAAGAGCCUACAGAGAUCCGACCGAAUCCCAUGCCUCCUGUUCUCCAUACUGACGCGGUUUCGGCUAUAGACAGCCUCGUGAAGGCGGCCGAGCUGCUCGAUCAGUCGGAGACCUUGAACGCUAGUGUUCAGAGCGUGGACAGUUCACAGAGUACACCCGUCAAACGCGGCCGCGGAAGGCCGAGGAAAAAUCCUCUGCCCGAUGCCGCGGGAGAUACUACAGUCAGUCCCCAGAAAAAACCGAGACUCAUCGACGCUAAAGUGUCUAAACAUAUCAGCAGUUCCGACGAUUCUAGUGAUGAUGAUUCCAUGAUCAAAGAAAACUGGACGAUGGGAAAGAUUAACGAAAAGAUCGUCUGCCCCAUCUGCAACAAGCUGUUCAGGUCGGAAAAUGUCGUGUUCAAACACGUAAAGCACUGCACCGGGCCGUCCCCGAGCCGAUCCGAUUCCGAGAAACGCAGUCCGCGCCGCUCGCGGCUCUCACGCGAGAGCGAGACAAAGUCGCGAGACAGCGAACCCAAAUCGCGAGGUUCGAGACACGAUGCCGAUGAAGUGGAUCACUCUCCGGUCAGAAAAACUCCCAGUAAAAGAAAGUCGAAAGACUCAGGCAAAUCGUCUUCGAGCGACGACGUCAUUCCGAUCGAAACUGACGCUAAAGAAGAUGAGCCUAAAAAGACUGAACCCCGAAAGACCAUCAAGCCCAAACUCAACCCGAGGGCUAGUAGUCUCGUUUGCGAAAUAUGCAACAAGAGCUUCAGACAGCUUUCCUACCUGGUCAGCCAUAAGCUGCAGCAUAAAAAAGAAGAUAAAAAAUCGAACAACGAACCCGAGCCUACAGAAAAAUCUGUGUUCAGCUGUGAAACGUGUAAGAAAGAAUUCAGGAAACUACAUCAUUUGGUCCAACACAGGCUGAUCCACAACCCGGUGCAGUCGAGGGCGCUAAGGAAGACAUCUUCUGAACAGAAGGAGCUUUCCAAAAACCUUGAGUCUUCAAAAAUAGAUGACCAGAGUGCAGGUUUCCGCUGCGAACCCUGCGACAAGUCGUUUAGGAAGCUACAUCAUCUCGUGGAGCACAGAGAAACCCAUGAUGGCAUUAACCGGCAGAGAUCCAACUCCAUAACCCAGGAAAAGGAGAAAGAGAAGCCGACACCGCCGCCGCAGUGCGAUAUCUGCAAGAAAACCUUCAGAAAACUCCACCAUUUGAUCGAACACAAAGAGCAACAUCUAGAGACCAGCUCCGAGAAAUCUGAUGAUCAGAAGAGCGUAAAAAGUGCGUUGUCCACUAAAGAUAUUAUCCACGAAUGCAAUUUGUGCUACAUGGUGUUCCCUAACGAGCAUUCGCUGAAUAAACACACGGUCAUUUGUCUGAGGAAAAAGAGGCAAUCGGCAGCCAAACAAGCAGCGGCGCUAGAAGAAAAGAACGCUGAAGAAAGUGCUAAGGCAGAACUGUCACAGGAAAGUAAAGUAGAAUCUGACAAAGAGGCACCGCCAAUAGAGACAAAAGCUGUUGAGGAAAAAGUGGUAAAACCUCCCGAAAAACCAAUUGAUCUUCCUAAGGAUGUACCUCAGGUAAAGGAAGAUCCUCCUAAACCAGCAAUAGUACCAACAGUCGAGAAAGUAGAAAAACAGACCGAGCCUAAAACAGCUGAAAAGAAAGCACCGCCGUCAGAAAAUCCUAUUCCCAAAGUUGCAAAGUCGGUAGAAACUCCAGCUAAAGUCAAACAAGUAGCAGAGAUCAUAGUUAUCGAAGACACGCCUAAGAAGAAAACUCCAAUUAAAGAAAAAGUGGCGCCGAGUGUGACGAAGCGUCAGAAACUCGCUCCGCCGACUGACGAGCGGACCGCGCCUUCCAGCGACGAGGAUGAGAUCCGUUACAUGUUCAACCCUGACUUCAAAGUCGCGGAGACGACCGAAAGCAAGACCUUCACGAAAAUCCGCGCUAAAAAGCGCAAUUCCUUACAAUUCGAGAAACCACAUAAAGACGUAGUCAGAAGACGAUCGUUACUCCAGCACCCGCCUAAAAUCCCGCGUCUCCGCGCCAAAUCUGACGACGUUCCCUCGCCUUCCAAACCGGUGGUCAAACCCAAAAUAGAAGUCAAAGUGCCUUCAACCGACUCGGAUGACAGCGACGUGAAGUAUUCCUUCCCGAAGACUAUUCCGGAAAAACCGGAGAAGCAAGAUGUUCCGGCGGAAGAUACGAAACGGAGGAAGACGAUGGCCGAGAAGAGAAAGUCUCUCAGCGCGAUAGCGAAGCGAAAGUCGCUAGGGAAGGCCAUCGUCAAGACGGCUAAACCUUCGCCUGCGAAACCGAUCAAACGACGAACAGCAGCGGCCGAGCACCGCUGCGACUGCGGCCAACUAUUCAGUAGCGCCGCCCUGCUCGCACGGCACGCCUCUCUCGCUCACACACCCCCACGCGUGCGUCGACCACGCGACAUCGACACAGCGCCACCGAGCCGCAAGGCGAGUGCCGAGCAGCCGAGGAAAAGUGUCGACCAGGUAAAAAAAAGUGUUAAGGAUGUUGAGAAACCGAAAAAAAGUGUCACUCAACCGCGGAAAAGUGUCGAGCAACCGCGGAAAAGUGUCGAGCAAUCGCGGAAAAGUGUCGAUCAGGUAAAAAAGAGUGGGAAAAAAGAAGUUAGUGUCGAGCAAAAGAAAGUAGUCAGUGGUAAGGACAGUGUUCGGAAAUCAGUGAAGAAGACAGCUAGUGCGAGGAGCCGCGUACACACCGGCAUACCGUUGCCCGAUAAGCGUCCGUCGAGGAAAUAGACCUCUUGUAACUACUACACGUUUUAUGGGAUGACCCAUGUUCGUUCAGUGAGUACUUUACAUUCUACUUAAAAUUACUCACUGCUUGGGUGUUUUAAGUGGCAUAAAACAUUUUAUUUAACACUUAGACCACCAAAGACGUCUGGGCUAUAACCGCGAAAAUCGAAGUUCGCAAAUUGCGGGGAUUUUUCUCUGUCACUCUGAUUAAGUUUCUCAACGACCGGCGUGGCGUUCAAAGUAUUAAAGUUGUUCACAUCACUAUUGUUUUUUAGUCUUUUAUGUUAUAUCUAAUCAGAAUGACGAGCUCUAUUGACUCUCACAGGAAAUAAGAAAGUCCCUUUUUCAAUUCCGUUACCAUGUUUCACAGACUUUGUAUAACGGUAACAAAAUUAAAGGAACGAAAACUGUAUGGAAUUUUUGGGACUGUUUUUUCAAAAGGUCAGAGUAGAACCAACAUAUAAAAUUCCAAAUCCAAUAUUUAACAAGGGUGUAAAAUGUAUAAAAUGGCCCACUCACAUUCAUUAGGAGUCCAUAAUACGUGUAGUACGGCCUUAAGGUUUAGUUGUAAGGGGUCUCCGCUUUACGCAAGGGUUCACUGUCGAUUUGAAAGAAGCCUAUUUCAGGUCAAUAUUCGAUGUUGUCUGAUCUAAUCUAUAUUAUAAUGCCACAUAAUUGAAGUUGAAGUUACAUUGAGCAAAGUUGCCAAGCAAUUUUUAACCUCAAAAUGUAAUUUUAAAAGUUAACUAUGUGUUUUCUACUCGGCCAAUCCGAAAAAGCAUUUGGACCAACAUAUUUUAUUAUGAAAUGAAAUUUGAAAGUUUUUGCUAAAAAAUAAUCAUUUGGAGGUAAAAACAUCACUAGUAUUUUAAGUUUUAAGUGAAAUCGGAUUUUCCAGAUUUCCGGAUUAGUUCCGGAUUUCCUGUAUGGAUAUUUUAUAGACACACCCAGUCACACUGGUUUUGUAUCACAUCUCACAGAGAUUAUACAGAUAAACGAGUGUGACGUCAUUCAAGAUUUUAAGAAAUAAUUUAGACGCGACAUCUAUCUUACAUUAAAGGUCCAUGGGUCCAUGGCCUAAGAUAUUGAACUGAAAUAUUAAUUCUUCACUUCUGCAGUGGACAUCCUUUUAGUGCCUGAGCGUGGCCCCAGACUGAUUGGGCUCCCUGUAUAGCUGUAAGCAGUCGGAAGCUAGUUGGAAUGCGAACCGGUUCAAAGGCUAGAAAAACCGGUUUUUCUGAACCUAUAAUCGGUUCGCAGCUAGGACGCGCCACGCGCUCACAAUAAUGUAACGCACGGACCACUGUAUAGAAAUAUUUUUACAAUUUUGAAAUAUUUUGUUAUUGUGGGCCGUCGUGUCUGAGUGUUUAUAUUGUACAUUUAAUAUUAAGAUAUAUAAGUAUAUUUUGUCAAUUUGAAUUGUUGUAGUGUAAGAAUAACUAAUCUAUUUAUGUUGUUCGGUAGGAGACUUGAUUUCAGUUCAGACAUAUGAUCCGUUGUGCAAUCUCUAUUGACAGUACUGUAUUAUAAAUGCAAAGUACUGUUGUUUGAAAUUAUUUAAGAUGAACGAGUUUGGUAAAUAAUCCGCGCUAACAUCGACCCUAUUUCCUAGACAAGAAAGUUGAAAUUGUAAAUUAUGUUCAUCUUAAAUAAUUCCAAUUUCCCAUGUCUGUUUUAACACAUAGAGUGUAGAAUGAAGAUUUAUUUAACGAAUAGGAUUUAAGUUGCAGAGCCAAAUGACCAUUUUUGGUUGUUCAAGUGGCUGGAUUAAGUUCUCAUUAUAAUAAAUGUGGAAAUACCUCUCCUUAUAAGUUGUAAGUUUCCCAACCAUGCAAGUGGUAAGCGGGCAAUCGAAUAAUUGAAUAUUUUUUUGCGAUUAUAUUUUUUAAUUAGUUUUGUUGGCGGUUAGGGUAAAGUGCCCUAACAUCGUUCACCCCUUUUGAUCAUUACUACUGCAGUGGUUAAUGUUAGGGGGAGGCGACCAAACUUUAGGGCAGUUUACCCUGCUACUUAGAAUCAUAAUCAUUUGAAUUACUUCACUUUUUUAAGAAGUCAGUGAAACAAUACGGUUUUAUUAACAUUGUUUCUUAACACAAAGGUGGCAAAAUUAUUUUAAUUGGGAAAUUGUAUUGGAAUAAAAUUUAAUUAAUGGUACUUUUGUCUGUGGAUACACAGACAUUGUUCCUUCAGUGAAACUGAACUGUAUGCAAAAGGCAGAAGGUUGAUUUUAGCCUUUUAGGGUGAUUCGUAAAAUCUAAUAUUUUUUUCAUUUGAAAUGUCUGUUCACCCUUCAACUGGCUUCCAGUAGGUAGUUGACAUGAAUUAUUUAGUUGCUUCUUCGAUAUUUUGGAAUCAUAUACGAUAUAAUGUAUAAAUGAACUAUAAACAACUAAGUAUAUAAAUUAGAUGAUUGUAAUGACAAAUGUUUAUAGUUAUAUGUAAUAAAUGAAUUUCGAGGAAACCUCAAUUUGGAAUACAUUUAUAUUUGACAAAUUAGGAAAAAAUAGAUAUUUUUGGAAUCAGUAAACAAUAAAAAAUCGAGUAUAAAACAGUUUUUAAAUUUGGACAUAGAGAGCUAAGUAGGACCAAAAUUUAUGUAUGUAGUUUUAUUUCCAAAAUAUUUGUUGUGCCCCCUAACUGUAAACUUAAUGUCAAAGUCUACAAUAAAACUUAGCUGUCUCGUGAGAUUUAUGUUUUAGGAGCAUUUAACGUAAAUUUUAUAUAUUAUGUAGAUAUCAUUAUUUUUAAUAUGAUAAUGCAAAGUUUUGGUUAAUGGGUUAUAAAUAAAUUGUCAGAAAAUA